AUGAGUGUCACCAAAUCCACCGAGACAACACCCUACUCGUCAAUUCGCGAGCGGUCCCUCGCCGUGGCUGCGCAGGCCAAGGAGCAACAGGGGUGGCUGGAGAAGAAGCUCAAGCCGAAGAAAAUCUCGGCUAGAUAUCCCUUCAAAGGCGCGCUCUUAUUGUACGCAACCUGUGCCUUCGGCAGUUUGGGGGAUGCACUCUUCGGUUACAACUCUGGUAUCAUGUCCGGCUUGCUGGUCAACGAGGUGUUUGUCUCCCGCUUCUUCAAGGACUAUGGGGGCGCCGACGGGACUACAAGUGGAGUCGAUCCUUCGAUAACGGGGAUAUCCGUCGCAUGUCUACAAGCAGCAGCGGCAGUCGGAGCUCUCAUAGCCGGACGACUUGGAGACAUGAUCGGUCGAAAGAAAUGCGUCCGCGUUGGCGCUUUCAUAUACUUCUUCGCUUCGUUCAUCCAGAUGUUUGCACCUGGCUUUGCUACAUUCGUUGCGGGUCGUACCAUCCAGGGAGUCGGUGUCGGAUUUCUUUCUAUGACUGUACCUAUUAUUCAAACGGAAAUCGCGCCGGCCCACCGUCGAGGAUUGAUGGUUGGAAUCGAGUAUACCUUCUUGAUUGCAGGAUAUAUGCUUUCAUGUUGGGUGGACUACGGGUUCAACUUCCUUAUGCCAAAUCACCUGUCAUGGCAGGGACCGUUCAUUGUCCAGAUUUCUCUCUGCUUUGUGUUGUUAGCCAUGUCUUUCUUCUUGCCGGAGACCCCCCGAUGGCUGGCAAUCAAUGGCUUUGUGGACGAAAGUCUGCAGACGAUCGCAGAUUUGCAUUCUAACGGCGAUACGCAAGCGGAUCACGUCGAACGAACCUUCCUCGAGAUUCAUGAGGCGGUUAUCUAUGAGAGUAAUCUGGGAAAGUCCAGCUGGAUGGAAAUGUUCACCCGUUAUCGAAAGCGAACGAUCGUUGGAAUCACAGUCCAGAUGUUUGCACAGAUUAACGGCAUCAACAUUGUCUCAUUUUACCUCCCAAGUACCCUCUCAUCCGCCGGUUUCGACAACCGAAAGUCCCUAUUGUACACGGCUGCAAACGCUCUUCCCUAUACGGCUGCGACUGUCGUUACCUGGUGGUUGGCCGACAGAUGGGGCCGCAAACCUUUACUCAUACUUGGAGGUCUCGGUAUGUCGAUUCUUUUAGCAAUUGUUUGCGUAUUCACGGAAAUCGACCUCGAUAUCCAAGUCAAAGCAAACGGCCAGUAUGCUUUCGUUAUGCUUUACAAUAUUCUGUAUGGGUUUACCUGGGGACCCAUGCCGUGGCUGUUACCUGCAGAAAUCUUCCCACUACGCGGUCGGAGCAAAGGUAUGGCCCUAGCCACGACUAGCAAUUGGGUGUUCAACUUCAUCAUUGGUAUGGUGUCCCCGGAUGCCUUCGCUGGUAUCCACGGCUAUUUUUAUAUUGUGAUUGCGGGAUUCUGUAUUUCGUCCGCAAUUCUUGUCCAUUUCUACUAUGUGGAGACGGCACACCAUUCCCUGGAGGAGAUUGCGGUUGCAUUUGGUGACAAGGCAUUCGCUGAUUGCGACGUGGAGGUUAUGGAGGAGGCGCACAGUGAAGCAAUAGAACACUCGGCAUAA